CCCUCCAGCCAGCUCCUAAUCCAGGAGAGGGUACACUUGUCCAAGCCAUGGGCUACCAGCUUUUCCAGGAGUAAAAAUGUAUAGAAGCUGCAAGGGAUCUGGAAACUGACAGUGAUAUGAAAUAGGUUCGCAAGAGAAACGCUGGAAUAAGCUUAUCCAAGGAAUUCAUAAAACACAUAGAACGUUUCCUGAUAAUACUGAGAAUGAGAUAGUGGACCAAAAGAAUAUUCAAACAAAUAGGUAUAUGGAAUUGCCUUCAAUAAGUGCUCUAUCCUUUGAUUUUUAAGUCAGUGGUCAACAAUGUAUCUUUACAGGUCCAAGUAGGGCUUACUUCUUGCUGGUCGGUGAGUCGUGAGGGUUAAGUAUGUUGUUCUGGCAGUCAUAUCUUGGUAAAGCAAUUAAAUUCCUGGGGUUUAGGUUUUAGUCUUUAGGACAUUGGUCACUGAACAUCAGGUGGCUUGCUGCCCAAAAAAAUGCUUACAGCAAAGUCCUUAUUGUUUUGUCCUACAGGACUCACCAAAUAGGACCAUACUAGGUACUUGCUACUAUUUUAUGGUGGCCUUAGCAUUUUUUAGCAGUUGUUUUGAUGAAUGUUGACUGAGUGCAAUGUUUGUAGCUAGCAAGUGUAAUUGGUUCAUUAGCUUUAAAAUCAUAUCUUAAUCAGAUGUGUUUUGCAGUGAGUUUAUACAGUAUGCAGUUUUAUAUGCUUAAAUUUAUUUCUAUUUAAGCAGGUGCUGAAUAUACCUGUUGACUGCAUAACAGCUGUGCAAUAAAAACGGUGUAUAGUGUUAAGACUCUUCAUUUUUUGUUGAGAUGUUAAGGUUCACUUCUAGUCAGCUACAAACCUGAUGUUCUGAAGAAUUUAUUGCACACGUCAGGUGGUGUAUGAUAUUGUCUACCUAGUAACAAGUAGUAAGUGUGUAGGAAGCUUCCCAAAAGAUAUCGUAGCUGUUGUCUUUCUGCCAAGAAUUUUCCAAAUGAUGUUUCAGAGAGAAUAGUCUGUCCUUUAAGAGCUCAAUACUGAAGAUAACCACACAAAGUGUGGGAAAAGAAAGAUGAACUCUCUCUGCUUAUCAAAACAAGGUUUAUGAGACAAAUGGGAUAAUGGAUGAUACCUGACGCUCUCAAGAACUGACCUGGGGAGAUUUGAGGUUAUCAUUGAAGUGACAGAGAUGUUGCACAAUGCAAGCCUACUUGUGGAUGAUAUUGAAGAUAACUCAAAGCUUCGACGGGGCUUUCCAGUGGCACACAGUAUCUAUGGAAUUCCAUCUGUAAUCAACUGUGCUAAUUAUGUGUAUUUUCUUGGCUUAGAGAAGGUUUUAACCCUCGAUCAUCCAGAUGCUGUUAAAGUUUUUACCCGCCAACUUUUGGAACUCCAUAAAGGUCAAGGCUUGGAUAUUUACUGGAGGGAUACUUACACCUGUCCUACGGAGGCUGAAUAUAAAGCUAUGGUACUGCAAAAGACAGGUGGUCUCUUCGGAUUAGCUGUAGGCCUCAUGCAGCUGUUCUCAAAUUAUAAAAAAGACUUAAAGCCACUCCUUAACACACUUGGUCUCUUCUUCCAAAUAAGAGAUGAUUAUGCCAACUUGCACUCCAAAGAAUAUAGUGAGAACAAGAGUUUUUGUGAAGACUUAACUGAGGGCAAGUUCUCAUUCCCAACCAUUCAUGCAAUUUGGUCAAGACCUGAAAGUACUCAGGUGCAAAACAUUUUACGUCAAAGGACAGAGAACAUAGAUAUAAAAAAAUACUGUGUGCAUUACCUUGAAAAUGUUGGUUCCUUUGAGUACACUCGGAAUACAUUGAAAGAGCUUGAAUCUGAAGCCUAUAAACAAAUUGAAUCACUUGGGGGAAACCCUGAGCUUGUAACACUAGUUGAACAGCUGAGCAAAAUGUUCAAAGAAACUGAAAAUUAAAAAUGUAACUUCUGGGUGUGGGUGAAAACUCUUUUUAAAAUGGAAAGAUAACCAGACUGAGAGAUGUGAUAAUCAGUCUCAUGUAAAAAUUUCUCUUGUAGCUAUGUUAGCAGAAAUUACUGUUAAAAACAACUUGUCACUGAGUAUUGAAAUAUAUACCCUAUUAUCUCUAAGGUCUUAACUGUAACUGCUUACAGUCAGCUUUGUUAAAGCAGAUGUACUAGAACUGAAACAAGUUUUGAAUCUAAAUGUGAUCGUGUUUACACAAUCAUAGGCAUUAUUUCAUGCCUAAAACUCUUGUGUCUCUAACCAGGCUAUCAUAGGCUUCUGGUUGAAAUUCUGUGUUUAAAUUAUAUUGACAUAUGUGUAUUGUGCAUUUUCAAACGAUGCUCUGGUAAACGAAAAUGUAUGUUAAAUAACAGAAGAAGAUAGUUGCAACCAAUGGAUAUAAAAUCGUUGUAUGGUGUUUCUAAGUUAGACUUGUGAAGAUCAGAUGGAUCAGCUUACUAAGUUCUAAGGUGAAUAUCCUAGCCAGCUUCUAGGGAUAUUUUCAGGGAAAUGUGAAUUAUGAAAGAUAGCAUUUUAUAUGCAAAUAAGACAUGUUUAGUCUGAAAUUGUGACUUUGUAAAGAUUUUGAAGUACCCUAGAGAUAAAAGUCCAUCACAUCAGCAAAGUGAAAAUUCACAGCUGAUUCCGGCUUUUCAGUGAAUAGUUUUGAUCACCUGGUUUUAGAUUUUGAAACUGUCAAACAUUUUGUAGCCAGGAACUUAAAUCUAUGCAUUAGAGCCCAUACGUGUAACUGUAAAUAGCAACACAGUAAGUUGCUACUACAAGUGGAAAGGGCUUCACAUCAGGUAACUUUAGGACUCUGUAAUUGGUGCAGGUCUCUUUAAUAAUUGCUUAUAAUUGAGGUGCUUCUCCAAGAAUUUAUUCAUAAUUCAUAUUUCAUUCCUGUUCUGAAUUGCUGUCUGGAGGCAUGUUAUAGAUCUCUCCAAAGAUACAAGAUCUGUAAUUUUUUGCUAUAGCAGAGUACAGUAUCUUGUUCUACGAGCUACACUACCACUUCAGUUUUGUUAAUUGUUUAAAUAAAGCUUUAAAACUAUAGACAAACCAAAAUAGAACUGGGACUGAAAGUAAGAUUGAGGGGUAGGACUGAUAAGUGACUGCUCACCUCUCUAUAUAUAAAUAAAUGUAUAUAAAGAAAAAAGUGAAGAAAGUGUAAGCAGAGAUGUUUGGGGUUUUUUCUUGGCUGGGCUGGCUUUAAUCAGGUUCAAUUCCCUUUGUCUUCACAGCUAUAUAAAGCUUUGCUUUGGGGUAGGAAGGUAACGGUUUGGAUCAAAGGUAGGACUGGUGCUAUAAGCUGUGGUGUUAGCUCAAGCGUACUCUGAAAUGGCCAGAGUUACUUGGCUUUGAAAGGCUAAAGGAUAAUUUUAUGCAGGUGUUCAUUUACUGUACCUGGAAAGCAGGGAGGGCCAUGAUCUCAACCCACUGAGAAAACUAACUGAAGAAGGUUGCUGUAAUGUCUUCCCUGGGCAGCCUUAAUAUUCUUCUGAAAGUGAUCAAACAAAAUUCAGAAUGACUGCUUUCAGUCAGAGAUAUUAUGUAGUUACGGAUGACAGCUUAUCCCUUUUAUCUGCAUGCUGGGGAAGAAUCUUUGACUGAUUAGGCAUAGAAUAAUAGCCUUUUCACUGAAUGGACCUGGUUGCCAGGACUGAAUAGCUUCAAGUUGGUGAAAGGUAUUUUUAAUGUUAAUGAAAGAGAAUUGUAAUUCCUUUUUCAUAACUUGCAGUGCUUAGAAGCCUUUAAAUUUUUAAUGUGUUAUGAGAAAAUACUAUCUGCAGCAAGCUACGUUUAUUUUGUGCCAUGUCUUGGGAGUUUCUAAGCACUGUUGCAGCUGAUGUUGAAUAGGGGAGAGCAGUGAAAAGACUACUGUUGUCAGGAGAAUCUCCUAGUCUUACUGUGAAAGGUAUCCUUCUGUCUAUUAGGAUAUUGUAACUGCAACACAGUGCGAAGUGUACUUAGUGCUAUUUUGUGUCUGUUCAAUUGCUGAAUGUAAACAGUUUUGUGUAAUCAAACUUUCAUAAUGAGGUAGCCUUUCUUAUUUUUUGUAUAAAACUUCUUUACCAUCUGAGACUUCUGCUAUGUCAUUGCUCUUUUGGUUCGGUUCAUUCUAGGAAUUCACCCCAGUAUUUAGUCUAAUACCAUAUCUUGUAGAGUGUACCUUCAUUAAUGUAGGAGUAAGUACAUUGAUGUUUUCCAGCUGCAGGCCAUUUAAACUACAAAUGGGUAAGAAGGGAAAAGUUGGUCCAGCUUUCUUUUCCCAGGGUACAAAGAAACCAUACAGCUCUGUCUUACACUUCUGCCUUCAAGGCUUUUGAUACCAGUAUUCAAAGCAUACCCUGAAGGUAUAUCUGAAAAGACCCAGAAGCAGAGCUGUUGUUCUUCACUUGGUUAAGAUAAACAGGAUUGUGAGGGUUUUUCUUGAUGUAUUCAGGAAGAUGUAUUGGAAGAGACUGGGAUGUUUCCCCUUCAUCUGUUAAGCUGGUAGAACAUCUCUUACGUAUUAAAUGUCAGUAGUGAUGAUGUUCCUUAGUCAAGGUAGAUUUUAUAUUUGAUGCCGUAAGAUGCGAUUGUGCGUUCUCAUCAAUAUUCUCCAAUGUUCCCGCUGAUUCAGGCUGCUGAGGUUAAGCAAUAUUAGGAAAAUCACUUCUUUAAAGCAGCAUGGGAGUUCUUGUGGCUGCAGAAUUAGUUUAGUUGUACGAGUGCCACUCACUGUUGCUAUACCUCCCACAACACAGGAAGUGGGGUUUUUUCCUGAUCUUCACAAGGUAUGCAUUGCUGCGGAACAGAAACCUGAGUUGCAAGUAGAGAAAUUUUGCCAUGGGGAAACAAAGAGGAUGCUGGUUUCAAUGUUAGUUGCUUUGAGCCAGAAUUGUUCCCCUUAUUAUCUUUGUACCAUUGCUAACAAGUUCGGUUUUGGUCAGGUUAUCAUGGCAUUUCUUGGGGUUUGGCUCUUGCGGUGCAUAUAAAGAGAAAUGCAAAUACUCAUUAGUCUGCAACAUUUCCCCCUACCUCAGUCUGUUUUAUUGUGUGCUUGCUUGGACGUAAAUGAAUGCUGUCACCUGUCUUUGAGUAGCCAGCCAUUGGAUGGGACAUCUGGCUUUGCUUUUUCAAAGGCUGAUGUUCUCCCCAUCAAUUACAAUGAAAAUGGCAUUAUUUCAAGACCUUCCUGAGGACAUAGCUUGUCUUUCUCCUCUCUGAACUCGGACUGUACUCAGUACUCAGUUACUAAGAGCAACUUUGUAUGUAUCAGCCAGUUGUUGAUACAAACAGCCUGAAAAUGUUAAUAGCAGUGGGAAAGAAACUGUUGCCACUUCUCUAUGUUUCAACUAAGUUAAUUUUGCUAAUUUGCCUGCAUGUGCUAUGGAGUUUUCCUGUAUUAAUGAGUGCUUUCCUCAAUUACUGUUAAAAUGCCAGCAUGCUAUAAAAACAUGGGAUUUGUGGGGUUUGAACUUCAAUAUGACUUUAUCACUGAAUUGGGCCAGGAUUUUAUUCAUGUGCAAGAGCAUCUUUUACUCUUCUUUGACCUGUCUUAAUUGUUUUACAUUUCAGGUUUGAUAUUUACUAUAUUCUUUUUAUUAUUUGCUCAGUACUUUCGCUGUAAUUCUUCUUUCAGUUAUAUUUCUAUUCUCUGCUAAUACCACAGCAUACAUAAUACCAUCAAACUCAUUUUUCAUCCUGGUCAAACAAAAUAGUCUGGGUCUGCUUUUGCAGCAGUAAAUCUUGGUUCAUCAUAUGCCUUCACAAAAGUAAUCAAAGAUUUUCUACAAUCCUGAAAUGCCCGAAACUUUUUUUUUUCUAGGAAGCUAAAGCCUGUAACAUUUUAUAUUGCCAUAAAUUAUUUUUGUCCCGUGUAGCUUGAGCUACUUUCGCUCUCCUACCUGUUUGCUUUCAAGACCUAUUUUGCUUUGGUGCUAAUGCCUGUUAGGUCUUUUUAUGAAAAAAGUUAACUCCCUAGCCCUGGGGAAGAGAAGUUAAUUUUUGUCUGGGUUAAUGAAUUAUCCCACUCAGCAAGAGUCUGAUGAAUGUCAGAGCUGGCAGGUAGACAGAGGCCAGGGAAAGUAUUUGAGAGAAUAAGAAAACCCAUUUUAGUCUCCCGAGGCUGCCUCAUGUAAUUUCACCUCAUUUUACAGCAUUUACUUGACUUUGUUAGAAAAGGCAAAAGAGUGUGGUUGGUUUCUUUGAGCUUCCCUUCUUGCUUUCCAAAUAGACUAUGAGAGAUAUUCAAGUUAAAAAUUAUUUAUUCUGAUAGUUAUUUAUUUAAUUUGGCUAUAUCAUGUAAAGGUUUUGAUUAAAGCUACAGAUUAAACAGA